UAAAUGUCUGCGAGCAAAGCGCACGAGUGCCAAAGCUUGCAGUCGUCGAACGCGAAAAAUAUCGGCAGAGUGCGAGACAAUACCAGACCAACGUCGCCCUACAGUCCUCCCCGUGUCGAGUACCAUGCAACUCCCCGCCCGCUUCCUCCUGUUCCUGCUGGUGGCCAUCAUGGCGGCGGCGAGCUCAGCGCUAGGCUACUCGGCGGCCAGCCCGGUCUCCUCCCAACAGCAACAGCAGCAGCGCCACCGUAUCAGCGUGGGCCGCUGGCUCAAGAGCGUGCUGCCGGCCGCCGCCGCCGCCGCGUCAGCGGGGGACAGCGACAGUCGCAACACAGCCGACCUGGAUGCCGCUGACAUGAUCGACCCCGUCCUGCUCGCCUCAGGGUUCGCCAAGCGGCAGGAGGACGACUAUGGUCAUAUGCGGUUCGGACGAUCCGACGACUACGGACACAUGCGCUUCGGCAGGAAGUGAGCACCGCACCUCCUGGGACUGUAUCCUAAACGUCCCGGCAAACACCGU